AUGGCUAGAUCACUGCGCCGCAGCAGCUUUGUCCACGAUUUUAUCGAUCGACUUCAAAAGGCCCCGAAGCCUCUGGAUACAUCUCGUGCCUAUGUCUCUGGUGAAUUGCCGAGCUACGAUUAUACCGACAGUCUAGAACUGGGUCGAUUGGUGACUACAAGUCGCGUUCGAAGCUUCCGAGUCGGCACCGGUGCCUCAAUCUACACAUCAACCCUCCUUCCUGCCAUAUUGAAGGCACAUCAUGAAGCAAUCAUUGUAACUUGCUUCUGGGCACCGUCCAAAACGCUCGACGCACUUCGCGAGACGCUCGAAGCCCUCGCAGACCAUCGCCGCCGCAUCGUAGACGAAGGUGCUGGCAGCCUACCGACACUUCGAGUUCGCAUCUGUCUGUCGUCACGUUCGUUACUGCAGAAGCUCCUACACACAUCUUCCAGAGAUGGCUACAUAUACCCUCCCUCGACCUGGGAGAAGCAACUUGGUCUACUCAGUGAGGAGAAGCUCAGGCCGGCCCGAAUCGAGCUGCACGUCAAGAGUCUCUUCUUCUUGCCAUUCAGCGUCAUGCAUCCCAAGUUUGUCGUAAUCGAUCGCCGGCGUGCCUUUAUGCCUAGUUGCAAUGUGUCUUGGGAACCGUGGCUCGAGGGUUGCGUCGAGUUCGAGGGAGAUGCCGUCGACGCUCUUAUGGCGUUCUAUCAGAGGACUUGGGAGCCGGAUAUGGAUGUGACUUUGCCGCUACCACUCGUGCAGGAUGAGGAUCUGGAUGAAGCCAUCUUCAACCCUGCAAUCGAAGCCCCGGUUCUUCCAAUGGUCCGCAGCACUGCGUCGUACGCUGUAUCAUUUGUCACAGGCCGCGAGCAAGCCCCUCCUCUGGUGGUCGCCGGCGGUCAUGAAGCGACAGCCACGUUGGAAAACACAAUACAGACCACCAUCCUGCCCUCUUCCCACCAUAGAAACCCCCGAUUUCGGUUUUUGCCCUGGCAGGCACACGCGCCAGCUCCCGCCACACCACUCAACACGGCAGUCAUGCAAUUGAUGGACCAUGCUCAAAGAGAGAUAUACGUCCAAACCCCAAACGUCACAGCACAAUGCGUAAUGGACGGCUUGCUCGCAGCUCUUCAGCGUGGUGUCCAUGUCAGAAUAGUGACAGGUCGCAACAUGAUGAUGAUGGAGCAGAUCGUAACUGCAGGCACCACAACUUCCAUGUGCAUACAAUCUCUUAUCAAGCGCUACGAAGUCAUGAGGGAGGCGGCGAUGGCUCCUCCAGGUUCGCAUCAGUCGUUGCUGUCUAGUUGGGGCCGACCACCAAGCAGGAGUUACGGGGCCAGCAACAAUGGAGAGCCAAUUCAGACCUUGUCAAGCCUUCCACCUCCAGUUGGAAGAUUGCAGAUCUCGUAUUUCUGCAGCUUGCAUCCAGGGUCCAAAGAAACCGGCAAAGGCAAGGGUGGUCGCAAUGCUCGACGAAGACCGUCAGAUCUGGAAGAGGUUCUGGACGAUGCAGCCGAGGAGCCGGUCUGCCCGCACAUUAAGCUUAUGAUCGUGGAUGGAAGAUACACGUUGCUAGGGUCCGGCAACAUGGACCGUGCUAGCUUCUACACUAGCCAAGAAUUAGGGGUUCUCUUCCAUGGCGAGGCGUUCGCUUCACCCGUCCAAGGGGUCAUGAAUAGAUGUCUGGAGGGGCGUAUGGAGAAAGUAUACGAUUCGGAGCGAUGA